UUACCUUGAAGGUUUAGUGUGCUCCUGUACUGUUGUGGCAAUAGAAUUACCCAGCAUGCACUGCCGGUAGUCAAGAUGGACGAGUUGUUUGUGGAAGCUUUAGGCCCUGGCGGUGCCUAUUAUAAGGCAAACAUCGUUGAUGUUGGAGACAGCACACUUUCUAUUAAAUUUGUAGGUGAAUGGGCAGCAUCUGAAGAGGUCGCAAGACUGCCCAUGAGUAAUGUCAGGCUGCCGAGCGUGCCCUCAUCUCAGCCUGUACCCGAGUUUUCACCCGGCUCAGAGGUGGAGGUUUAUGAUCAGCUCCUUGAUGCCCCUGGUCCUUGUUACUGGAAGGCUGUAGUUAAGGAAGUCAAAGGAGGCUUCAGCGUGGUGGAGAUUUAUAGACGCACGGCGGAAGGCGUCACGGGGCCUGGAGUAGAAAAAGUUACAUCCACCGAGAAACUCUUCCCCCUGAACACUAACCCCCCUAUCACCCCCUCCACAUUUCACAAGUUCGAUAUACCCGUACCCGAUGACCUCCGCGACAGAAAUGCCCGUGCCACGCUCGAAUCUUCACAUAAAGCUUUCAAGAAAUCGUGCGGCGCUCUCAGCUGUUCAUACAAUCACGAAAAACAUUGCCUCGUUUUGUUUGGCAGUGACGUAAGUGUUCAGAAGAAGGCGGAAAUGCUAGCAGAUAUGCACUUCCGCAGCAUGAAGCAGAAGCUAGUCCUGCUAAGCAGAACAGAGGAGGCAGCCAAGCAGCUACAUUCUUCCAGCCUCCCUCACAGUCAAUCCGGGCACGUGGCAGAGUUCUGCGUGCCGAUGGAUCUCAUGGGUUUGGCCAUCGGCUGUCAUGGCGCCAACAUUCAGCAGGCACGCAAAGUUCCCGGGAUUUUCUCCAUAGAUGUCGAGGAGAACUACUUUAAAAUCCAGGGAGAGUCGUCGGCGGCGGUAAGCAAGGCCCGAGAGCUGCUGGAAUACAACGAGCGGUCAGUGCAGGUGCCACGCGCCGUCGUCGGGAAAGUUAUUGGCAAGAAUGGCCGCAUUAUCCAGGAGAUGGUGGACAAGAGUGGCGUCGUGAGAGUCAAGAUAGAGGGCGAUAGUGAGCCUGGUGAGCAGCAACACUACGAGCCGAGCAGCCGCCGCGAGGAGGGGCAGGUGCCCUUUGUGUUCGUCGGAACCAUGGAGGCCAUCAACAACGCCUGCCUCCUGCUCGACUAUCAUCUCAAUCAUCUGGAGGAAGUCGAGCAGCUGCGGCAGGAGAAGCUUGAGAUCGACAACAAGCUACGCAGUCACAACACAAUGGGCGGUCCCGGCCCCAGCAUGGGGGGCAACCCCUUCUAUGGCGGUCCUCGACGUAACGACAGAGGAUACGCGAGCGACUACGACGGCAGCGGCGGUCGUGGUGGCGGGGGAAGAGGCCGUGGGCGAGGAAGGGGGGGUAGUCGAGGACGAGGAGGGGGUGAUGGUGGGGGAUCAGGUCCUCCUGGGGGAUCAGGCCCUCCGUAUCGGGGACCCCACGACUACAACCACCACAUGGACCAGCGACCUCAACGCGGGGACUCACGGGGGGCGACACCCCUGCAGUGGUCGGAGGGGGGUGGGGGGUACAACACGCUGCCUCCGCGGCUCCGGGGUCCGCGGUCCGCCAGGCCGUCAGAGCGGCGGCGGACGGCGGACGAGGAGGACGUCGCGCACGACGACGUCCACGACUCCGCCAGCGUCGGCAGUGUCGACCGCGAGUCCACCGCCAGCGAUGUCGGGAGUCGCGGUCGCCGCCGCCCGCGUCGGGGCCGGCGGGGACGUCGGGGUGGCGGGACUGGCGGCGGAAUUGGUGGCCAAUCCGACCAAAAACCGCCAUUUUUCGACGACAAACAGCCUUCUGAAGCUCCACAAGUGACCUCCGAUGAUCGGCAACAGAAAACCGAAAAUUUUGUUAAGCAGAAGCAGGAGGAAGUGGGGCCUAAGACAAAGGUUAGCCGAGGGCCCCCUAAGGAGACCCAGCUCGGCCCCGAGACAUUCAAGGACUCUGCCAAGGCCCAGCCUAAGGCUACCACUAACGGAAACUAGAACCCAUCAGAACGCGUCACUUCUGUUUGGUUCUAAUACCGUAACUUUUACCCUCGCUUGUUGUCGUGGCAGUACAAGUUAGGGUUUUUCUGCCGCAAUAACAUCAUGGCAUUACAUGUCAAAUGAAUGGCGAUAAAGCCUGGAUUGAGAGUGACGACUAGUCUGGAUUAAGAUGAAGACAAAGUCUGGCUUGAAUGUGACAACUAAGUCUGGCUUGAAUGUAACAACUAAGUCUGGCUUGAAUGUAACAACUAAGUCUGGCUUGAAUGUAACAACUAAGUCUGUCUUGCAUGCGACUAUCAAGUCUAUGUUGAAUGUGACAAUUAAGCCUGGCUUGAAUGUGACAACUAAGUCUGGCUUGAAGAUGACAACCAAAUCUUUUGGCGAAAUGGCGAAGUUACAUUUGAGAAUGCCAACCGAGAGUUGCUUUGAAUAACAUCCGUUACUCCUGGUAUAACGUGCUAUAUAUGCCGCCUAUAACUGACAAUAUAAUAAUUUUGCUUUUGUCACAGUGAAGUCCACGUUUCGCUCAGAGUGCGAUGCACCAGUAAGCUCAAGCUUUCUCCAACUUCGGUGGUUUUUCCUAGUGAUUUUGCAGCUUCGUGUCUAGAAAUGUUAAUGAAACAAGAAGAGAUUUAAAAUAAUGCUUGUAUUGAGAAUAACGACAGGCUUUCUCUCAGAAUUUCAUGAAUACUUUCGUAAAGUGACCAUCUUGGAAUACAAUACUAAAUUUCUCACCUCGCUGAUGGAAGAAAGAGCAGGUUCGCUGAUAAUAUUUAUCGUAUCGCUGUCCUUGUUAACGUUCUAGCCCAUAACUAUGAUGUUAGAAGUGAAGCCUGCCCACUCGUCGGCGCCAUGUCCUCUAACGCGUCUUGUAUGUUGAUGAAUGAUGGUAAAUGCUCUUUAGAAUUGUUCAUCUUCGUUAACCGCGGAAGCUUGUAUUCAUCUGUGUUAACCAAUUAAGCUUGCCUCUUGCCCUCAAUAUUGAACAUCGCACUGUGCACGACGGUUUGUAAACGCAAUUUUACGCUGUCACUGUCAGUAUUUUUGAAGUAUCGGAGUAAUUUUUAAAUUUCCAGAAUCAUUUAUUACUGCGAGGAAGGUCUUUCCGAGUUCAAGUUCUUCGCCGAGUUCAAUUCCGAUGUCAUGUUGCUCCAAACUCUGGUCUCUGAUGUAGACUUUUUCUAGUAUAUGCAGCAAGUCUUAGUUUUGAGCUUAGAUUUGCUUGUAUUUUAGUCCGGUUCCUCAUAAGGAACUUGGCUACAGUUCCUGAAUCACAUGGUCGUUUGGAGGUUUACUUCAUCGAUAAUAUUACUGUUGAUUCUUUGAUGUUCUUCUAAAAUUAUGGGUUCAAGUUAUAAUCAUUUUUCAAGACCGAGUUCAGUCUUCUUCUGAAUCGCAAUGAAAUUCAUGAGCUCAUCGAUCAGUUUAAACACGAUCUUCAAUUGCCGUAUUCAUGAACUUCGGAGGGAGACUUGAGCCAGUAAUUAAGCCACGGGAACGACCAUCGCGAAGCUGCUUCAACCGACGUUCUGACGUUGCUUGCCUACGUUGACGUCCGACAAAGCUACCAGGCGUAAUAAAAGCAUACUAUUAUUGUGACGUUAAACGUUCGACUCUUUUCGUUCACGUUGUCCAGUUAUCAUGUUGCUUGUUUUUGUUUGUUUAUUUGGAGACAUGUUGCAUCUUUUGUACUGAGUAUCGUAUCGAUGUCAACAAACUCUCGUGUGGAAAAAGGAAUCGAUUUAAAACGUCAAUGCUAUUUCAUUUCUUUUGAAAAAAAAAUUUUUUUUUGAGGAGUACCAUUAAAUUUAUACUACCAGCUUCUGGUAGCAACCAGUCAGGAUUUACACUGUCAUAAAAUCGUUCAGCGUUGUUAAAAUGUUUUCGUUUUGCACAGUAGCCUUUCCGUAGAAGGAAAAUUAUUAUUUCCUGAUUAUUUCUCACUGUGCGUCUAUUUUUUGAAUGAAGGUUCGAGUUUGUUUACUUGAGCUAACCCUUUUUCCUGUAUUAGAACAUUUGUUGCUCAGAGAGUCUCUUAAUCUCUCGAAACUUCUGUGUUGUCAAUCUUUGUAAAUGUAGGAUGCAAGUCAUGGCAAGCGGGUCUGCAUUUCAUAUUACCUAUGAAUUUAACCUAUUGGCCAGGAUCAACCAUUUACACUUAGUUUGAAGAUAAGGAAACGAAUUUUUCUGCCGGCGAUUUCAUGUUCUUUUUCGGGGACUUUAGACCAAAGACCAGUCCGCCACACCAGAAUUUUCACGAACCUGGCCUUGUGUGACUAUACUAACCUCGGCUAGUGUUAGUAUAGACACUAACUAUACUAACUACAUUCGUCAAUUUGCACGAAGAAUGAGUCGUCAAAUGCUUGGAUAAACGAUUAUAUUAACCUUAAUCACUUCAGGUGCUAGCGUGUGUUCCUCAAAUGCAUCGGUUGUGGCACGGUUUAAGGUCACCUGAAAUGAUUAGGGUUAAUUACAAAGACUGGAAACAAAUGUAUACUUUCGCGUUUCCAUGAACACAGAAAACUUUUUGAAUGAAUUGAAUUUUGGUUGUGGCUUUAUUAUAGUUUUUCACCUAUGGAACAUUUGUAUCAGGCCCUAAAUGACUAUACAUGCUUAUCAAAGAAACUAUGCACGAAAUCGCGGCAUAGUUCUUGGUUUUUUUAGGCAUUUCUUUGUACUGCACUUAGUAUAUUAGUUACUCAAUAAAGCCCUACUUGAUGAGAUGUAAUAGUUAUAAUAGAUACGCAGAUCUUGUCUUAUAAUGAGACGGAAUCUACGUUCUCAUUGCAACAUUUCAUGGUUACGGUUAGGUUAAUGAAGCCUUUCAAAGCGAACACUAUCUAGUCUGUUCAUCAUGCAUUGUUUGAGCUUUGAGUUGAUGUUGAUGUCGAACCUUGGGUUUUACAUCGAAUAAAAUGUGCCAUUAUUCGAUGCCUUUGACAUAGGAAUAAUGCGCCACUGAUUACGACUCGAUUUUUUUUGGUGUAUGUGAAUGCUAAUUACACUUGUUCACUUUGGGUUCUCUGAACAGGAUUAUUAAUUUUCUUCGACUAUCAAUGCUACUAUUGCGAUAAAAACGAAAUGAAUGAAUGUCAGAAUCGCGCUUUCGGGCUGGUAGCUUCUGUUUUCCUCCUAUACGUUUAUUUGUGUGCCAGGGACUUUACAUCAUAUUAAAGGUGUGCUCCCGAGUAUUUUCACAAGAUUCUCCAAAGUACGUCACGGAAGGCCUGUAAACGCUGAAAUUUGGUUUCGUAAGCCACUUUCUUAUUAGUGAAUGACGAAUAUUCAGUCGUGAGCGAACCACGUUCGUGUUUGUGAAUGACGAAUAUUCAGUCGUGAGCGAACUACGUUCGUGUUAGUACAUGACGGAUCUUUAAUCGUGAGCGAAUCACGUUCGUCAUGGUGAAUGACGAAUAUUCAGCCGUGAGCGAACCACGUUCGUAUUAGUGGAUUAUAAUUAUUCAAUCUUGAGUUUAUCACGUUCGUGUUGGUGCAUGACGAAUAUUCAGUCGUGAGCGAACCACGUUCGUAUUAGUGGAUUAUGAAAAUACAGUCGUGAGCGAGGUUCGUAUUCAAUUUUUCAUGUGAUGCAAGGUAGCUCAGUGUCGCCUCUCGCUCGAUUAGCUGCGUCACUGCGGUUGCAUCGAGCUGUUCUUUUGAUCGUUUUAAAGGAUUGAACAAUAAAGAAUCUCAAGUUGCGUU